GGCGAGUACGGCGAGCCCGGUCUGCCGGGACUGGACGGCACCGACGGCCGGCCCGGACGUCCGGGCACGGACGCCGACACGUUCAACGUCUUCUACCUGAAGGGAGAGAGCGGUCCGCCCGGCCUAGAGUCCACCGGGCCUGAACGGGCCCCCGGGCUUCCGCGGCUGCCCGGGUCGAAUCGGGCCCGCGAGGGUGGCCGGGGCCCGCCGGGGCCCUCACUCCGCGGUCCGCCCGGCUUCAAGGGCUUCCCGGGAGGCCCGGGCGGGGGCUGGCCCGGCCUGCCCGGCUUCCCCGGCGACCCGGGGCUGCCCAUCCUGCCCGGCACGCCCGGACCCAGCGCGCCGGACGGCCUGCCCGGGCUGCGCGGUCCGGACGGCCUGCCCGGCCGCGCCGGCGGCCGGGGCCAGCCGGGCGACGGUCCCGGCGGCGACGGGCCGCCCGGGAUCUCACCCAAGGGCGAGCGCGGCUACGACGGCGGCCCCGGCAGAGACGGCGUGCCGGGCCGCGACGGUGGGCCCGGCCAGCCGGGGCCAGCCGGGCCCGACGGUAGACCGGGACCGUCCGGCGACAGGGGUCUGGACGCACCGCCGGGCUUGCCCGGCCAGCGGGGUGAGCCCGGCUACCCGGCCCUCGACGGUCUGCCCGGACCGAGAGGCUAUAAGGGCGAGCCCGGCCUUCCCGGCCUGGACGGC